AAGCCUGGGCCGAGCCACAUCAGCUUGCUAUCCAAUAUGGCGGCCUCCGAUGUUGAUCAGGACACGUAGUAUGAUACAAACAGAGGCCCAUAUCUUUACAGCAAUCCCGAAAAUUAACCAAACUUAAACACGAUGUAAUGCCCAUAUAAACGUGUAAUUACAUCGGAUAGAAAUCACUGCCAUGGCUUCCACCACGGUAGAAGAGCGAGCAAAGAAAUUCUUGGAUUCGGUUUAUUCUGAUUUGAGAGCCUUAUCGAAUGAAACAAGAAGGAAGUUUGGUCCGGUCAAAGAGGCUGCUGAGGCUGGUAUACUAAGACUAAGGACUAUUUCUGCGAGAAAUCAGCGAAUGAACAGAGUUCUUGCAGAAGAAACAGAAAUUGUUCAGCCUUUCCUGCUUGGCUGUGACACAAAGGCAUUAAGAGUUGUGCAGAUCUCUCUUACUGCCCUUCAAAGGCUUGUUACACAUGAUGCCAUCUCUGAGUCUUCAGCAACAACACUUAUCACAACAUUAUGGCAAUUGAUGGAGUCAGGAAUUGAGGAGCUAAGGAUUCUGCAAACUAUUAUUUUACUAAUAACAUCAUCAAACAUUGUCCAUGGGGAUCAUCUAGGAAGGGCCAUAGUACUUUGCUUUAGGCUGCACUUUUCCAAGGACCCCACAACAAGUAGCACUGCAGCAGCAACUGUACGGCAGAUGAUUUCUGUGGUGUUUGACCGUGUCGUGACAGAGGAUGCAAACCCUCCUGGAUCUGAAAAAACAGAAGAGAGUUCUAGUGUCAGGCAUAAGAAUUGUCCAGUCAGCCUCUUGCCAUAUUCCAGAGAUGCCUAUCUACUUUUCCAGGAUCUAUGCCAGUUGACAAGCGGAGAGCAACCCUAUUGGCUUAGUGGCAUUGUAGAAAUGACAAGAACAUUUGGCCUAGAGUUACUAGAAUCUGUCCUCAGGGGAUACCCUAAUAUUUUCCUGAAGCAUCCUGAGUUCAGUUUCCUGUUAAAAGAGAGGGUGUGUCCUCUUGUCAUCAAGCUCUUCUCCCCUAGCAUCAAGUAUCGUCAUAGUGGUAACCAGGCAUCGUCUGGGCCAGUAGAGCGACCAGUCUUCCCUGUGGCUAUGAGGCUUCUUAGAAUUGUCUCUGUACUUAUUGAACAGUUCUACACAUUAUUGGUGACAGAGUGUGAGAUCUUCUUGUCAUUGCUUGUCAAGUUUCUUGAUUCUGGCAAACCUCUAUGGCAGCGAGCACUUGCCCUGGAAGUGUUGCACACUCUCACAGUUCAGCCAGCACUCUUAAGAUCAUUUGUCCAGUUCUAUGACAUGCAGGAGCAUUCGACCAAAAUAUUUCACGGUAUUAUCAACGCCUUGUCCAGUUUCAUACAAUCGGUCUUUACAAGUCAGACCUCUCAUGGCGGCAGCUCCGGGAACAGUAGUAGCUCUGGCAGCAAUACCAUACAGACAUCAUCAAGUGCAUCGCCUCCGUCAGUGAUGGCAUUAAGUACCAUGGGUGGGGUUACCCCCCAGCCUGGGUUUCUGUACCGCGGGGCAUGGGUGCCCUUGACUGUCAUGCCAGUGUCAGGCCAAGCAAAAUCUGUAUACCUUGAGCAUCUUGACCGACAAGAAACCCCCACCAUCCCUGAUGGUUACACCCUGUCCAUAGCAUUCGGCUGUAUGCUAGAGGUCAUCAAGGCACUCGACACUGUUGUGGUCCAGAGUAGAUCAUCGUUCAAGCCAGUCCAGGUUGACGGGUGGAUAGAACCUGACCAGGACAAAAUCAAGGAAAGUGUCACAGGUGUUGGAGCAGACAGCAUAAGUGCUAUGGCCCAAAACAAGAAUGGCAAAGAAGAAGAUGAUUACUCUGCUAUUGGUAAAGAGAUGGUGAGUGCAUCGUGGUGUGGAGUGUUGGCAUCUCUGUCGCUGCUUCUAGAAGCCAGCAAUGAUGAAACUGGGACAGAGGCCAUUCUCAAAUCAUACCAGACGUUUGCCAAUGUCUGUGGAAUCCUGAGCCUCAACACCCCACGUGACGCUUUUAUCACCUCUCUUUGUAAAGCUGCCCUACCACCCCAUUACACCCUCACUGUCGUCAACCCGCACUCUGGUAAAGCUCAAGUUUCCUAUGUCAAGCACCCCCCUGCUGGUACCCAAUCAGGUUCUGAUGUUCAAGGGGGGGCAAGCAGUGAAAUGCCUGUUCUUUCUCGCUCCCUGUCAUCAUCAGGGGGGUCAGGAGCGAGUGCGGUAGUGACAGGAACACCACUGGGUGCCUCUCAUGGACCUGUUACGUUGACUGCUAAGAAUAUCCAGUGUAUGCGAGCGCUGCUGAGUCUGGCUCACUGUCAUGGCAGCAUCCUUGGAACCGCCUGGCACAUGGUACUCAUAACCCUACAGCACUUGACGUGGAUUCUGGGCCUGAAGCCUUCAGCAGGAGGCACCUUGAAGGCGAUGCCGACCAGUGAGGCACCCAAUCUGGUAAUCAGUCAAUCUAUGAUGGCGGAGCUCCCUGUGCUUGCUGCUAUUCUCUCAAGACUCUUUGAGACAUCCAAGUAUCUGGAUGAUGUAGCUCUUCACCACCUUGUUGACGCUCUGUGCCAACUCUCUACUACGUCAAUGGAAAGUGCUCAAGCGAAUAAGGAACCGUCGUUGUUUGCCGUGGCCAAGCUCCUUGAGACUGGUCUCAAUAAUCUGCAUCGCGCACGCGUACUAUGGAAACCGCUGACAGCACAUUUGCUCGAUGUAUGCCAGCAUGCUCACGCCAAGAUGAGAGAGUGGGGAGCCGAGGCUGUGACGUCAUUAGUCAAGUCUGCCCUCACGCAUGACCACAAUCCACCGCUGACCGAAAACCCGACCUUGCAGGCCAUGUUGCUGUCACCGCUACAAGAGAUGUCAUUGAUCACGUUCACAGAUAUUCGUUUCAAGCAGCUGGAGUGCGUGCUACAGAUCCUGCACUCUACGGGACAGAAUCUUGGUCAUGGAUGGCCAUGCGUACUAGGAGUCAUUGGUGCGGCCACUAAUCAACAAGGAGAGGGUCUGAUACGAGUCGCGUUCCAAAGUCUACAGCUUGUGGUCACAGACUUCCUGCCGCUUAUGCCUUGCGCAUGCCUCAAAGUGGUUAUUGACGUUGCUGGCAAGUUUGGAUUGCAGGCUCAGGAACUGAACAUUAGCCUUACCGCGAUUGGCUUGUUGUGGAACAUAUCCGAUUUCCUCUCCCAACAUCGGGACAAAAUACGUGAGGGGCUUAGUGGAACCCCAGCGUUUGAGGGCCCCACCUUCGACCGCCCGGUCCCGCCGUCUGACCGCUUGUGGAUGUGCCUGUACUCUAUGCUUGGGGAGCUGUGCGUGGACCCGCGGCCUGCCGUGAGGAAGAGCGCGGGGCAGACCCUGUUCUCUACUAUAAGCGUACACGGCUCUCUGUUGGAAAACCCCACCUGGUACACUGUGCUCUGGCAAGUUCUGUUCCCAUUACUGGAUAAAGUCAAGCGCAUGUCCACAACCGCCGCUGAUGUUCCACCCCCUUGUGACGUCAACACCAACAAAAACAAGAUUCUGAUUCAUCACUCGCGUGACACGGCCGAAAAGCAAUGGGCUGAGACACGUGUUCUUACUCUUAACGGCGUCGCACGGGUCUUCAACACUCGCCGCCAGACCCUUGCGGCCUUGGACGAGUUCCCUAGAGCAUGGGCUCUACUGUUGGAGUUCAUUGAAUCCGCCGCGCUCAGCAAGUCAUCCGAGGUCGCGCUAGCAGCGCUGAAGAGUUUCCAGGAGAUGGUGCACGACUCUAGUGACCGGGAAGGCCAGGAAGAGAGCCUGGCCACCAUUUUGGACCCCGCCAAGGCUGCGAAACAGCGCGCCAAAAUUAAAGUAAAACCCAAGUUUUUCAAGGAAGAUGAGGACUUGAAUCUUUGGAUUAAUGCCUGGAAAGUAUGGUACGAUAUUGGUACUGCCAGUACCUCUAGCGCGAGUUUUACACGAACGAGACGGAACUCCGAGGGAAAGACGGUCACGGACCGCGUCUUUCCCGCCCAAGCAUUCAUUACCGCGCUAGUGCAAAUAUUCCCGAGUCUUUUCAGGCGUAUUUAUAAUCGAUUCGGCUUAGCGGAUUUACAGAAACUUUCGCGUAUUUUGUACUCGUGCAUUUGCGUACCUGUCCACGUGGACCAGUCACCCUUUCUUGUCCCGUCCUUCCAAGACACGGUGUUGACACCCUUGCAGCACGCCAUCCUGGACGUGGUAGAGAUCCUGCGCGAGCCUUUGCCGAGUGCGAGUGGUUGCGUGCUCGACACCUCCGGACAACCUAUGUACCCCACUCUGUUCUUGCUGCUGGUGCAAUUCGUAGAGUGCGCUUGUACCCCUCCUUCUGUAGAUCAGGGGGAGCAGGUGAUGGGAAAGCGCAAGGAGUGGGUCAUCCUGUCGUUGACGCCCUUUUCUGAGAGGUGUCUACAGAUAACUGUGGAUAUGUACCGCGUGAGCGCCGAUAAGCCCGCGGUCAUCGAGGACAAAGUGCUUGAGAGAAUAAUUAGGGCUCUUUGCACGCCAAUGAGGCUUAAGUACGAUUGCCCGUCACAGUCCACCUGGAAACUCGCGGUCGAAUCGCUGCUCACCGUCCUCCGUGUUGGUCUUUCUGUGGCGCUGGACCACCCAGAAUCAUUUCGCUCGAUGUGGUACGAGCUAGCAUCCUGCUUGGAAGACUUCCUUUUCUCGGAAAAGGCUCCACCCGAGUCUCAGUCGCUCGAGCAACACCAAUCAGAUGAGGAACAGGAUAUAAAGUUGCUGCGUAUGAUUCGUGACGACAUCCUCCCUCACUCGCCUACUCUUCCAAAAGACUUCAUGGCUCGCGUGAUGUCGCUACUCAACCGCGGCUCCAUCCAUUCAGCGACAGACUCCACGUUCAGCGGCACUGAUGUCAGCGGUUUCCCUUUGCGUGAGGAAUUCGCGAAGUCGUGCUUUGAGACGCUCCUGCAAUUCUCUUUUGUCAGCGGAAACCCACCAAAGGAUAUGAAAGAUGGUAAGGUGUCGGAACUCGCCCUGGACGCGAUGCUCACUCGGUGCAACGACGUGCUGCAUAAUUACGUAGAAGACGAAAAACUCAGUGGCAAAUGCCCGUUACCAAGGACACGUAUGGCAGAGAUAUCUUUUGUCAUGAAAGCUGUUGGAACUCUCAUAAGCUCCUUAAAGCGAGCAGCCCUGGACAACCCAGAAGUUGUUGACAAGAAGAUCUGGGUGCAGGUUGUAGAGCUAUAUCCUCGCCUUGUCGAGUGCACCACGUGCACCUCAACACAGGUCCGCCGCGCACUGAAGGAGGCAUUGCAUGAAUAUACGGACCUUAUCACACCCCCUCGAGUAGACGGGAGAGCGCAAGAAAUACCGGCUGUCAAUGGCAGUACAUAGCAGUGAUAGUCCGGUAGUGCACGGGUGUAGUGCACGUGAUAAACCCAGUGAUAAACGUGAAUUGCCUGGUAGUACGACCUUUAAUAGACGCGUCAUGCGAGAGAACUGAUGUAUAGCGCGAUAAUAGCCCAGUUGCACGGCAUUCAAUUGACAAGUCAGAGGGAUCGUACAUAGCGCUUAAUGUCCGGUAGUACAGGACCUUUAGUAGAUUCUUCACACCCAGGAUCAAUUGUAUAGCGGCAGUAGCCCCGUUGGCAACAAUUUUUGGAGACGGGUGACAUCAUAUAUCGUAACAUCAUGUACGAUUUGUGGUAGGUACAGUGCAUUGGGGUAAUAGCCCAGUUGUACGACAUUUGGUGGACGCGUCACACGCGCGACACAUGGAGCAAAGCGAUAAUAAGUGGGUAACACGAUUUGUGGUAGGGACAGUGCAUUGGGGUAAUAGCCCAGUUGUAUGACAUUUGGUGGACGCGUCACGCUCUGUUUAUCCCUGAAAUGGUAGCUAGAUCUUUAGAAGAUGCAAGCUGCAUCGGCUGGGACUUUUUAAUAGAUAAAAGGUGUAUAUUUUGAUUUUUGUAAUCGAACUGUAAAUUAUGGAACCAGUCAACUUUGCCUCCUAUCGCUAUUAGUUGGUGUCGUCGUAGAUGUUAGAGAUUAUUCGAAAAAAAAAUGUUUCUCUACCGCUAAAGCGCCAUGACGCACCUGAAUUAACCGCACAGACAUUCAAGUUGACAAGGACUUCAAGUUUCAAGUUUAUAGCGUGUGCAAUGUCGUACAUCGCAAGAAUUGCUCGGCCAAAAUAGCCAACAAGACUGCAUGGUCAGUGGUGCUGGCGAAUGAUAGCGCUCUCUGUACUAUGGGCUUAUUGUGUGACGCGCGCUACCGUGGCCACAAAGACAAAAUGUUGUAAAAAAGCAUGCGAAAUGAUGCACUUGAUUGACAAAAUUUUCAUUCCGUCGUGCUCAGAAGUGCACUGCAGGUUUUUAUUGGCCAUGGCUGUCUGGCUUGUGACGUUGAUUCCAGUCAGAUGGCACGUUUUUCUUAUCCUUUAUUAGCCUACUUCACAAAACUGUUAAGGUGGCCACGGUGACGCGCGUCGCAUUGUAAAAUUGUAAAAGCUGAUGAGGACAGCACGAUUUAGUUGUGACACCUCUACAACAAAAUCAGCCCACGAAUCCGCUACGAUGAUCGACUUUACGAAAGUCGUAAUGUGUAACUCAGGGCUAAGACAUGUCGUAGGCAAUUUUUGGUUACGUAUCUAUGUAAAAAAAAAAAUGGCCACGCACUGUACCUGAUGUACGGAUUCACCGCAACCCGUCCUUGUCCACCUAGGAAUUAAAUUCUGACAGUAUAAAAAAUACCAUUGCCAAUGUUUAAAGAAAAUACGAAUAGGUAUACUGUAAAAUAUAUGUUUAAAUGAAAUUGUGGUUC